AUGUUUCGUAAACCUUCGGAGAUUUCGUCCUCUUCGGAGGAUGAAGUUGAUCCAUCUUCUGACCCACCAUCCACAUCUUCAGAUCCCUCUCGUCAGCCGACUGCGGGGACCCCGGAACAGGCGCUUGAGCCUGUGAACCCUGUGACACUCUAUUCUCCAAUCCCCCCGACAACUUCGGCCAAUCGCCAUAGCGCCAUCUUGAUGAACUCUUUGAUAGAACACUUUGUGAGAUCCCGGGUGCCAGCUUCAGAUCCGGAACUCGCUGAUAGGGUGUUCGCCGUUAUCGCUCGUCAUCUUGGAAAUCUAGGUUUUGUUCCCCAGACCAGCGGGGAUCUGGCACGCGAAGGCCUUGCACCCGUUAGACAAGGCUAUAUUCGUGGCCUCGACCAAAUUCUGACGCAAGAGAUUGAAAAGAUCACCGAGGAAAAUGGGGCUGCAAGAGUCUUGGCUGGCGAUUUGGGAAGGAGAGGAGCAGAAUCUAGUAAUGGGGCUGAGACGAGACGUACCUUUCGUCGUCUUUUUAGAGGCACUGCUACUCAAAACCUGAGUCCUAAUGACCGUCAGGUUAUCCAUCGGAGCUCUUCACUGAGUGUUCUGAGCGAUGCCCGCAAAAACAGCUCCGACACAGCUCCCGGAGCCGUUGCUGGAACUGCCACCCCACCCUUUUUGCCUCCACAUGCGCAAACCACUCCCGCGACAAUUCAACCAACCAUUCUAUUACCGUCUCGUUACGUUAAUGACUUUGUUGAGAUCGCACCGUUGGGCAGGGGGGGUUAUGGUUCAGUUUAUCAUGUUCGUAAUCGCCUUGAUAGGGUCGAAUACGCGGUUAAGAAGGUCGUUAUUAAGAAAAGUAUCCUUGAAAAUGAGCUAGGUGGGAAGGAUGGUCUGGAGAGAGUUAUGAAUGAAAUCAAGACACUGGCACAGCUCAAUCAUGUUGGCAUCGUUCGUUACUUCUGCAGUUGGAUUGAGGGCGUGAUUGAAGACAUGUUGACUGCUUCCCAGUUCAUCGGAGAUCACGUGGGGGUUCAAAAUGCGCAAGGCCAUCGGUCACCUAAAGCAGAGGUUUUAAGCGAGAUUGAAGACAUCGGUGCUGAAAUAGUAUUCGCUUAUUCUGGGGAAAACGAGGGGAUCGAAACGGUUGAGGAGGCUACCACCAUCGCCGGUGCCAACGGUCAAGCCAGCGAUGAUUUGGAAGAUUCUAUUGAGUUAAUUCCCAGAUCCUAUCUUAGACGCCGCCGUAGCCAGCCCGACGCGCAGCAUGGAAAACCGAAAGUCGCAUUCGAUAUCUCAUCGCACCCUGACCCAGGGUCCGAGUUCUCAGGGCCCGAGGUCUCAGGAUCAAGUAUCUUCUCCGGUGGUGGGGCACUAAUUAUGUCUACUGCCAAUGGUCAUGGGAAAAAACCGUCCUCUACAUCUUCUGGCCUGACUCUCUAUAUCCAGAUGUCCCUUCACUCGUUUACCCUUACUUCGUUUAUCUCGACAUCUGCUCGCCCCACUACCCCAAGGCAUUGUUUCUGCGUCAAGUCGUCACUCGACAUAUUCUUAGGCCUUCUAGACGGUGUCCAGUAUCUUCAUUCUCAAGGGAUUGCGCAUCGGGAUUUAAAACCUGGUAAUAUAUUCCUAGACGUUGAACCUUCUAGGAGGGGCUGUCGUUGCGGAGAAGCUGUGGUUCGACCGCAUAUUGGGGACUUCGGACUUGGGACUAGUAUUGGCAAAGAUGGUCAUGACAGCACGGCGGCUGUCGGUACUAAGUUUUACAAGCCUGUGGAUCUCGAUCCCGCCAUUCAAGGUGACGUUGUUGGAAGAGAUGUUUUUGCGUUGGGAGUUAUACUGCUAGAAUUGCUUGUGAAGUUCGGGACUCGUAAGUUGAUUCAGAAGCCCUUCUAUAACGUGGUGUUGCAUUUGCUGACUUCCCUCAGGUAUGGAACGUGUGGAAGUCUUGUCCAAGCUUUCCGAAGGUGGUCAGGUUCCAAAGGAUAUCGAACUCAAAAGCCAGAGAGUCGCUAGGGUCAUCAAAGGCUGUUGCGGGAUUGGUGGAGAGAGAUGGGAGGUCUCAAAGAUCAAAGCCUUUAUUCAAGCAAUCCUAGACGAAUUGGAUGAGGCUAAGCAUGAGGGCCCGGCAUUAGUCUAGAGAAUUUUACCGGCGAAUUUAGCGUUUGAUGUACUGUAGCAUAUACCUCUUCACUCUCUCUCUUGGUUGUCUUUCUUUCUUCCUCUCAUGUCUCUUUGUGUUUGUGGGUCGGGUUUUAAAGGGUUUCGUAUAUUCUCAGAGAGACUACUGGGAGCAUUGCAUUAGGGGGAGCCGGGUUCAGGCAGUUACCGAUAGAUAGGUUAGAUUUCACGGAUUUGGUGUGGUAAUUAGUACUGUGUUUGGGUUUA